AUGGCACGCAUUUCACACAGCCGCAGGCUUCCAAGUCAAUCUUCAUCGCCUGAGCCUUCAUCUGAUAAAGAAAAUCGCCAAAAUUCUGCACGUGUUGAAAAAAGAAGCCAGGCUCAGACCAUGACCUCCGGCGCCAAUGCAAAGCGCCAGCGAUUAUCAAAUAGAGCGUCCAAUAUUCAGAGCGGCAGCCAGUCGCAGAUAACCCUAUCGCAACAGGAGCGCGUUAAACAAUUUUACGACCCAGAUCAGGAUGAAAAAGAACGAAGGCGAGUCAGGAAAGGACUCAGGGACUUGACGCGGGAGCUACACGAUUCUAGGAGCGAGUAUAUGCAACCUGGCAAUCAUGGCAUUCGGGACACCAUCCAAAAAGCCAACGAAUACUUUCAAGAAGUUAAGCAGACCUCGGACGCUACGAUCGACUCACGUCUCUUGGUCAGCGCUGCCGACCUCUCAUACAAAAAAACCGCACAUUUAGUCCUGGGGGAUGCAUCUGCAGGUAUAGAUGUGGACGAAUUUGUCUCUAAAUGCAUAUCCUUUAUGCGCGGAGCUCCCGAAGAUUCGCAAGCUAUGAUGUCGAGUACACAGCGUCGUCGUGGCCAAGCUUCAGGCCGAAGCCAAGCGGACCCCAAUGAUAGCGAUGAGGAUCAAGGAGAUGCAAUGAACUGGGACUGGCUUGGGCGGUCUGCUUGCUUCCGCCAUAAUGCACGGCCGUCCAUCUCCGGGUUCUUGCUAGGGCCAUUGUCGGUACAAAAGCGUACCCGGCAACUCACUCAGCGAAGAGCAAGAGAGCGUAUCGAUCCGUCACAAGCAGUGCGACCACAGGAACUUCGGGAAGAAGACCUUGAUCGACAAGAAGCGUCUAACCUUACCACCAUGUGUACCAGCAUCAACAAAUUGCUUGCAAAAACGCAGAAUGCUGGCCAGGACAUGGUAGAGAGACUAUUAUCGCAACUGGAAGAAGAGCCCACAGACGACAUGGUGCAAGAAGUGAUGGCUCAACACCAUGUUGCAGAUGAUGGCGGGGUUCCCCUGUUUCACUUCUGCAUCAAUCCGAGGUCGUUCGGACAAAGCGUGGAAAAUCUGUUUUACGUCAGCUUCUUGGUCAGGGAUGGCACUGUUGGUAUUCAGGUAGACAGUCGGCAGUUGCCAACUCUACAUGCUGCAAAACCAUAUGCCCCGAACGAAGCCCAGAGAAAAGGGGUUCAGAAACACCAGGCUAUAUUCAGCCUUGACUUUGAAACCUGGCGGGACCUAAUCGAGGUGUACGAUAUCAAGGAAUCCAUCAUUCCUCACCGUGAAGAAGAACAGCAUGAGAACACUGGGCGCGGCUGGUAUGUCAAGUUGGCAUCCGGCGCUAUCGCAGUGUUCUCCCCCGUUUCCCUCACACCAGAAGUCCGCGAAGCCGUCUCAAGUCUAGGCGGUGAUCUCAAGUACAUCGCAGCGCUGGACCUCGAGCACCAUAUCAAUAUCACACCGUGGAAAGAGGCGUACCCGGACGCCGAAAUCAUCGCGCCCGAAGGCCUCUACGAGAAGCGGCAAUCCAACCCUGAAUACAAGGAUGCGCCAUUCCAACACGUGUUCCGCAAAGAGAACUAUGGCCAGCAGAAAAUCUCCGAGGAGUUUGACUCAGAGUUUGAGACUGAAUACGUGUACGGACAUCCGUCACGGGAGCUCGUGUUUCUGCAUAAGCGAUCACACACGCUCAUCGAGGCGGAUCUCUUGUUUAAUCUCCCCGCAAGGGAGCAAUAUUCGAAGACAGGCGAAAGCGCCACUUCGGGGCUCCUCACCAAGAUUAUCAGCCCGUUGCUGUCGACUAAUGCGCCUGCAACAUGGCAGAAGAGGUUUGUGUGGUAUAUACUAUCGAGUGGCGACCGGAAGGCUUUCAAUGAAUCAGUACGACGCAUUGAUAAGUGGGAUUUUAAUCGGUUGAUUCCCUGCCACGGGGAUGUGGUUGAGAGUGGGGCGAAGGGGGUAUUCCGAACGGUGAUGGAGUGGCAUUUGGAAGGGAGAAAGAAUAUCUGA